UACAGAGAAGCACAUAGAAGCAACAACAAAAAUGGUAGCAAUUGGUAUUGAUUUGGGUACAACCUAUUCCUGCGUCGGCGUUUUCCAACAUGGCAAAGUGGAAAUCAUUGCCAAUGACCAGGGUAAUCGCACAACACCCAGCUAUGUGGCAUUCACCGAUUCGGAAAGGCUUAUCGGCGACGCUGCCAAGAACCAGGUGGCCAUGAAUCCCAGUAACACCGUCUUCGAUGCGAAACGUUUGAUUGGCCGCAAGUUUGAGGAUCCCAAAAUUCAGGCCGAUAUGAAACAUUGGCCCUUCCGUGUGGUCAACGACUGCGGUAAGCCAAAAAUACAAGUCGAAUUCAAAGGUGAACAGAAGAGGUUUGCUCCGGAGGAAAUUAGUUCCAUGGUUCUGACGAAAAUGAAAGAAACCGCCGAGGCCUUUUUGGGUACCAGCAUACGGGAUGCCGUUAUCACAGUGCCGGCAUACUUCAAUGACUCGCAGCGACAGGCCACCAAAGAUGCUGGAGCCAUUGCAGGGUUGAAUGUCUUGCGUAUUAUCAAUGAACCAACAGCUGCUGCCUUGGCCUAUGGUCUCGAUAAGAACCUGAAAGGAGAACGCAACGUCUUGAUCUUCGAUUUGGGUGGUGGUACCUUUGAUGUCUCCAUCUUGACCAUUGAUGAAGGUUCCCUCUUUGAGGUACGAGCCACGGCCGGUGAUACCCAUUUGGGUGGUGAAGAUUUUGAUAAUCGACUGGUGAACCACUUCGCCGAGGAGUUCAAAAGGAAAUACAAAAAGGAUUUGACCAAAAAUCCCAGGGCAUUAAGGCGGCUACGUUCAGCUGCGGAGCGUGCCAAACGUACCCUCUCAUCCAGCACUGAGGCCACCAUUGAAAUUGAUGCUCUGUUUGAGGGUAUCGAUUUCUAUACGAAAAUAAGCAGGGCACGUUUUGAGGAAUUGUGUUCAGACUUAUUCCGCAGCACUCUGCAGCCGGUGGAAAAGGCUCUCAACGAUGCCAAAAUGGAUAAGAAUCAAAUCCAUGAUAUUGUCCUGGUUGGUGGUUCCACACGUAUUCCUAAGGUACAAAAUCUGCUGCAACAAUUCUUCUGUGGCAAGAGUUUGAAUUUGUCCAUUAACCCCGAUGAGGCGGUGGCCUAUGGUGCAGCUAUACAGGCGGCAAUAUUGAGUGGUGAUAAGAGCAGUGCCAUACAAGAUGUCCUGCUGGUGGAUGUGGCUCCUCUGUCUUUGGGUAUUGAAACUGCUGGUGGGGUUAUGACCAAGCUAAUUGAACGUAACUCCCGCAUACCCUGCAAACAGACGAAAACCUUUACCACCUAUGCCGAUAAUCAACCAGCUGUGACUAUUCAGGUGUUCGAAGGUGAGCGUGCCAUGACCAAGGAUAACAACCUAUUGGGUACCUUCAAUCUGACGGGUAUACCCCCAGCACCACGUGGUGUACCCAAAGUGGAUGUUACCUUCGAUUUGGAUGCCAACGGUAUUCUCAAUGUCACCGCCAAGGAAAUGAGUACGGGCAAUGCCAAGAAUAUUGUCAUCAAAAACGACAAAGGACGUCUAUCACAGGCCGAAAUUGAUCGUAUGCUUCACGAGGCCGAACAAUAUGCCGAGGAGGAUGAAAAACACCGCCAGCGUAUAGAAUCCCGACAUAAAUUGGAAUCGUAUGUCUUCAGUGUGAAGCAGACGCUAGAGGAAGCUGGCAGUAAAAUACCCGAGGCCGAUAAAGAUCGUCUAUUGUCGAAAUGUAAAGAAACCAUUCAAUGGCUUGACAGCAACACCACAGCCGAAAAGGAAGAAUUCGAUUAUAAAAUGGAAGAAUUGUCACGCAUCUGUUCGCCGGUUAUGACCCGAAUGCAUCAGCAGGCGAAUGGUGGCGGUGGUUGUGGUAGCGGCAGCGGAGGUGCUGGCGGUGCAAAUUGUGGCACACAGGCGAAUGGUUAUGGUGGAGCCAAUGGUUACGGUGGAGGCUAUAGCGGACCCACUGUGGAAGAAGUGGACUAA